AUGUCGCCCCAAGACAACCUCGAGCCGAGCAAGGACUCGUCUCAGACCGAACAUGUCGACAUCCAGGAUCUCAAGGAGAAGAACGUCCGGAAUUCCGAUGUCUUGGUCAACGCGGACCUGAUGCACGAUGCCUUCGAUGGCGAGAACCGCGAGCAUGAGAUGGGCACUUGGGAGGCCGUCAAGACCUACCCUUGGGCUUGUUUCUGGGCUUUUAUCAUGUGCUUCACCAUUGUGAUGGAGUCCUUCGAUAUGUUCCUCAACGGCAACUUUGUUGCGCUUCCCGCUUUCAAGGAAAAAUAUGGUGUUCAUGUUGCUGGAGCUCUUGAGAAGUCUAUCGAGACCAAAUGGCAGAGUUCCCUCUUCCAAGCCGGUCAGUGUGGUGCGUUUGUCGGGGUCUUCUUGGCCGGACCUAUCACCAACCGGAUUGGCUACCGAUGGACUACUCUCUUGGCUUUGGUGCUUAUGAACGCCACAAUCUUUAUCUCCUUCUUUGCCAAUUCACUCGAGGUGCUCGUGAUUGGGCAAGCUUUCGAAGGUGUCCCUUGGGGAUUCUUCAUCGCGAACUCCCCUGCGUACGCCAGUGAGAUCGUUCCAUUGUCUCUUCGAGGUGCUUGCACGGCUACGCUUCAAAUGAGUUGGUCUAUCGGCAGCAUUAUUGUCGGCGGUGCCACCUACGCCCUAAAUCAGCGAAAUGAUGAAUGGUCCUGGCGUAUCCCUCUUGCCUUGCAGUGGAUCUUCCCUCUCCCUCUUAUGUUUAUCAUCUGGUUCGCUCCCGAGUCUCCAUAUUGGCUUGUCCGUCAUGGAAAGAAGGAUCAGGCCCUCCGCUCCCUGGAGCGCCUUGGCCGCAAAUCCAAGGUGAAUGCUCAGAAUGAACUGGCUAUGAUUGAGCGAACCGUCGAGAUCGAAUCCAAGAUGGGCGGUGCCCCUUCCCUGGUCGACCUUGUCAAGGGCACCGAUCUGAGGCGAACAAUCAUUACGUGCUUGAUCUACACGUCACAGAACUUUGCAGGCAACCUGAUUGCCAACCAGGCCACAUUCUUCUUUGAGCAGGCCGGCAUGUCGACCAACUUUUCGUUCCAGCUCGGCCUGAUCAACUCCUGUCUCCAAUUCGUUGCCAACAUCGGCUCCUGGUUCGUCACCGCUUGGUUCGGUCGUCGAACCAUCUAUCUCUGGGGCACAGCCACCAACAUCACCUUCCUCUUCAUCCUCGGCAUAUGCGCCUCGAUAGCCCAGAACAACGCGACCAACUACGCCCAGGCCGUUUUCGGCAUCUUCAUCUCGUUCGUCUAUGCCGGCACCCUUGGCCCUAUAUCGUACUCCAUCAUCGCCGAGACGUCGUCGGUCCGCCUCCGUGCCCUGAGCACCGGUGUCGGCCGUGCCGCGUACUACGUCACCGAGAUCCCAAUGAUCUACCUGGCCUCGCAGCUGCUCAACCCGACCGGGUGGAACGUCGCGGGCAAGUGCGGCUUCGUCUGGGGAGGCACUGCCUGCGUCUGCUGGGUCAUGGCCUACUUCUUCCUACCUGAGCUCAAGGACCGCUCAUACCGUGAGCUGGACAUCCUGUUCAACCGCAAGGUUCCUGCCAGGAAGUUCAAGUCGACCGUCAUUGACGUCCACGAGAAUGAGUAA